AACAGAUGUAGUUCUUGAAAUAAACAGAUAAUAGAGUCAAAGUGUCUUGUGAUUAAAACGAUGAACAAUUCCAAAGUACAAGCUGUUGACUCUUGAUCAACCGAGAAACAGGACCUGGUUAUGAUGCUUCCUAUGAGCAUCAACAAGUAUUCAACAUGCACUGAAGGUACACUCAGCAGGAGGAUCACACUGUGGCUAAAGUUGGUUCAUCACUAUGCAGAGGUGCUUUCCUGCAGUUAAACAUGUCUAUAAUGUGCAUUUUAAUGGUUACUAAUUAAAUCAUUUUUAAGGUUUAUAUUAAAGAAGGACCAGGUUUCAAUUCUCAACAUUCUAAUUUGAAUUAAAUUAUUGUAUAAGAAGAAAGGUACGACACACUGCAGCCAAACAGCAACUAACCACUUCCUUUUCUCUGCGCCUCCUCCACAAAUGCAUUUCAGAGCUGAUGUUGAAGUUUGAGUCUGUCUUUCUCUGUCUGAUGGUCAUCAUGUUCAGCCGAAACCAAGCAGCUCUGCUCUCCAUUCACCUAUUAAUUAUGUGCCAAGUCUCUGCAGAGGUUCUUGCAGUUGAGCACAAACUGGUGUCCCGGGGAGACUCCGUCAUCUUCACCUGCAACAUAUACAGGACAAAUGUAACUCAAAUCAUCUGGACCACAGGCAGAUCUGUUUUCAUUAAUUCAUACCAACUGAAUCAGACUUUUUCAAAUUUCACCUCUCCCAGAGUGAGAAUAGACGUAAACAUACCUUCAAAGCUGAAUAUUUCUAACAUUCAGUAUGACGAUGCAGGACUCUAUAGAUGUACUGUAACUGCCGUAAAACUUAUAAAGACUCUUGAGUGGAAUUUAACGGUGUAUGAACCUGAAGAAAUCAGUCCACUGUGGUCUUAUCUAUACAUACUCACAGCUGUAGCUGUAAUUGGAUUUCUUCUGUGUGUCUUCACUCCAGCUGUCUGCCUCUACAGCAGGACCAAGACCCCAAACCAGGACUGGGAGAGCAGCACCCUGAGUUAUGCCCAGUUUCAUGUUCAGUUGGGAAAAGAGUCCCUACAGGUGGCUCUUCCUCAACCCCACAGUUGUGCAGAAUACAGGAUGAAUCACAAGCAGAGGGAGUCGGUACUGACCUGGCCUGACAAGCAUGAAGUUCAGUACAAAGCUGAAUAAGAAACAAGAGAUAUGUUUGACAGGAAAGAACAAGGGAGAGACACAUUUGAUCAGGUUUAAAAAUGAAAAUGAACCUAUAGCCAGAGAAUGAUGGCCUCAUCACAACUAAAUGUGGAGAAGCAGCAUUUAGUUUUAAUGCACUUCUCACCUGCAACAAACUCCCAGAAAACAACUCUGUUCUUUUAAAUUCAAUUUUUACACCGAAAUGGCACUUCUUUUCUUUUUCUUCUUUUCGGCAUAAGAUAUACACAGAAUUAGUACGACAAACUCCUGUUUGGUCUUCUACUUUCAACAUCUACAAAUAUUAAAACAAAAUACUUAUUUGGAAUAUUGAGUGUAGCUGCUAGAAAAGCAAUUACUAAGAAAUGGCUUAAAAAAUGGAAAUGGAAAGAAUUACUUUCUCAAUGAGGCUUCAAGAAACUAAAUUCGAGGAAAUUUGGAAGAAUUGGAAAAAGUAUAUUUCCCCAAAACGUCCUUCUUUUGUUUAAUUUUGCUUUUUUCUAAAUGUAAUUUUUUUUAUUAUUAUUUAUCUUAUCUUAUUUCACAUGAAAAGCACCCCAUGUACUAUCUGUGUGUUCUAUAAUUUCAUUGUAAAAAGUGGAAAAGUUGGUUCACUUCAUAUUUGUAUCAAAUUAAGUAAGUUUAUGUAAAUGUCUGAGUAAAACCAAAUAAAGGAAAAACAAAAUGAAAAAA